AAAAAGAAAAUGGACGCAAUAUGAUAUAAAUAAAUACGCUACGUUUUUUUUCAAUGUAUUAUAGCCUGCCUGUCUAUGCCUGAACAAAAUGUGCAGUCUCUAAUCAAAUUUGGAACAUGGAACAGUUUGACUGUUCCUCUUCAUGACACUGUUUAUUCGUUUAUCGAAGUAAUUGUGUGUACAUGUUAGGGUCUAGUGUCUUCAUUGAUUCAUUGUCGUCAUUGACAUUUUGUGACUGUAAAGAUGGCUGACAUUUCCUAUACAAGUAAACAAAUGGACGCCAACUGUGAGGAAGACACAACAAUAACAAUGUAUAGACUUAACUCUGGAAAUGAUAAUGGCUCUGGAUGUGUGAAAACUUGUGAUUUAUUUGUUCCUUGUUCUUCUGGAGAAGGUGUGAAUCUUGGGAUUGAUAGCAUAGUUGUUAAAGGUGAACAUAUAUCUAGAUCUAGACCUAGAUCUUCUAGUACGAGUACUCUUUGUACUAACAGUUUAAAUUUAAGGGAAGAUGUAAAACAUGACAUUAUAAGUAGGGAAAGUGAAUCUGUGGGUGUUGAUGAGGAACAUCUGUCAGUAAAAGAAGAGCCCAGUUUUGAAUGUCUGUGUGACGCCAAGGCCGAGACAAAUGACAAACUGAACGUUGAAAGUGAAAGUAGCCAGACUCUCAGACACAGUGUAGUAAAAGAUGAGCCUAUCUGUACAGAGGAGGAAGACGUGAAACCUGUCAUUAAACCAGAGUGCCUCACAGAUAUCUGUACGGUGAAAACCGAACCACUAUUUGGACAUUUUCCUGACUUUGGUGAUGAAGUGAAAUCAAAAGUGGAGAAUUUUGUGAACGAAGAAGUGUCAGAAUGGGAAGGUCCAGACUUUGGAGAGGUAGGAAAGACAGAAGGACAAGUGGGAGAUGUGGAGGAUACGUGUACUGAGCCCGUGUUUGUUGAGGAUCACAUGAGUCAGGCUGGAGGACUACAGCUGCAAAUCUCCAAUGUGAGGAGCUUGUGUAUGGAGCAGAGUGCCAGCCCCGACACUGAUGUUGUUGCUUCCAGUAGUCCAACUUCAACUUUCUCUGCCGAUCCAGUCACAAGUUCAGGAUCUGUUGUCAGGACCAGCUGGGAUCACGGUGAAAGUUCUGGAAAACAUCUUAACGGAAGUUCAAAGCAUGAGUCCUACGUCAAAAGUCGUAUGUCUUGUGAUAGUAAACAGUCCAUGGGACAAGGUCCAGAUUUCAACCUUUCUUGUGCUGUGUCUUUUGCCAGUUGUAUAAAUUCUACGGAAGCUUCUAGUACCACACCCCCAAAAGUGUAUAAAGAGAUGGGCGCUGGUUGCCAAGAUGUUCCAAGGUCUCUGGUCAGGGAAAGCAGAUACUCAGGAGAACAACCUCACAAGUGUAUUGUCUAUCUUGAGAUGUUUACAGAACUAGGUGACCUACAGAGGCACAAAAGAACAUACACAAUAGAUAGACCUUGCAAGUGUGAAGUUUGUGGUGUCACAUUUACUUGUAGCAGUAGUCUACAGAAACACAAAAGAAUACACACACGAAAAAAACGUCACACGUGUGAAGUUUGUGGUGCCACGUUUACACGGGGUGGCAAUCUAGAAAGUCACAAAAGAAUACACACUGGAGAAAAACCUUACAAGUGUGAAGUUUGUGGUGCCACGUUUACAUUCAAUAGCGGUCUACUUAGCCACAUAAGAACGCAUACAGGAGAAAAGCCUUACAAGUGUGAAGUUUGUGGUGCCGCGUUUACAAGAGGAAGCAGUCUACAGAGUCACAAAAGAACACAUACAGGAGAAAAACCUUACAAGUGUGAAGUUUGUGGUGCCACCUUUACAUGCAAUAGCAGUCUACGGAAACACAAAAGAAUACACACAGGAGAAAAACCUUACAAGUGUGAAGAUUGUGGUGCCACGUUUACACAGGGUAGCAAUCUACAAAGUCACAAAAGAACACACACAGGAGAAAAACCUUACAAGUGUGAAGAUUGUGGUGCCACGUUUACACAUGGUAGCAGUCUACAAAUUCACAAAAGAACACACACAGGAGAAAAACCGUACAAGUGUGAAGAUUGUGGUGCCACGUUUUCAACGAGGAGCAAUCUACUGGGUCACAAAAGAACACACACAGGAGAAAGACCUUACAAGUGUGAAGAUUGUGGUGCCGCGUUUUCAACGAGUAGCAAUCUACUGGGUCACAAAAGAACACACACAGGAGAAAAACCUUACAAGUGUGAAGUUUGUGGUGCCACGUUUACAUUCAAAGGUGGUCUACAAAGCCACACAAGAACGCAUACAGGAGAAAAACCUUACAAGUGUGAAGUUUGUGGUGCCACGUUUAUGUUCAGUAACGGUCUACAGCGUCACAGGGAAAUACACGCAGGAGAAAAAUCUGAUAUGUCAUCGCCCGAAUCGCGUACCGUCGUAACCGCCAUAUCACCCGAAUCGCGUACUGUCGUAACCGCCAUAGCACCCGAAGUCGGGCUAAAAUACAACCAGAUUACAAAUUUUCCAUUGUAAACCCUGUCAAAACCUGAUACUUUUAAUAGUCACUGAGAUACACGCGGUUUGUGAGGCAUUGUAUGCAC